AUGCAGCGGCCGAUGUUCCCAUUUCCAGAACGCCAAAAUACCCCUCCAGGCUUGGGAGGACAUUCUGGUCCACGUGUUGAGAUUGAGACGCCCAACACGCCCCCAGUGGACGACGGGGAACGUGUAACGCAACUCUUUGUCCGGGCUCAACAAUUGCUAGAUUGUUCGAACCUGCUGUGUUCCGCCGUGCCCAACCUCGAAAUGAUGGAUGCUAUAAUGCACCGGCUGGAGGAAAUGGACAAUGCUCAAAGAACCCAAAAGCUGCGGUUGGAUUCGCUCGAAGCCCUGUCCCAGAGGUUGAGCUCUUUGCGAGAAGAUUUGGCAAAAGCGAUAGCGGAAAGAGAUGCCGCCAAACGAGAGUUGGCAUACGUCACAGCGUACUCUCUGCGGCUUAAACAAGAAGUCGAGAAGUACAAAUCGGGAGCGGAAGACUCGAACCAGGUCAACGCCGAACAGGAGGCGGGGAACCCAGGAUCAUCGAGGUCUCCUUUCGGACGCCGCUGA